GCCCCGUCUAUGAGACCCCUCGGUACCGAGCCGAGUCCACCGAACCGCCCCAGCUGCUCCCAGAGGCUCCUCUACGGUCCAGAGAGGCGGACACCGGCAGCUUCGGGCCGCCUUCCCGGAGAACCCGGGGAUCCGCGCCGCUAGCAGCGCCGCAGCUAACAGGCUAACGGCACCAUGGCCUCCUCCCGCUGACCCGAACCGAACCAGCGAAGGGACUUCCAGCUGCAGACCGCGGAGCUAACUUCCAGCCAAGGAUGGUGGCGGGGGCCGGGUCCGCUUCGGAGGAUCGUCCCGGCCCCGCCGACCCGGGGCCCGCUUCAUGUAGCCCGGCCUGCCGUGCCGGUCCGGCCCGCCGCGGGGCUCCAGCAGCCGGCCCGGGCCGCAGACAUGCAGGCCGCCCAGCCGCAGUACGACUUCUUCAGCGAGGACAACGCCGGGAAGUGGAGAGGCCUGCUGGUUCCGGCCCUGGAGAAGGUGUUGUACCAGGUGCAUCCUAACCUGAAGUCCCAGCAGGAGGCGCUGCAGCACAUCGAGGACCUGAUCCUGCAGCUGCUCAGCAUGCUGUGUCAGGCUCAGCCGCGCACCGUGCAGGACGUGGAGGAGCGGGUCCAGAGGAGUUUUCCUCACCCUAUCGAUAAGUGGGCGAUCGCCGACGCGCUGGCCGCCAUCGAGAAGAAGAAGAGGAAGAACCCGCUGGCACUUCCUGUCGACAAGAUCCACCCACUGCUAAAGGAGGUGCUGGGCUAUAAACUCGAUCAUCAGGUCUGUGUCUACAUGGUCGCCGUUCUGGAGUAUAUCUCGGCAGACAUCUUGAAGCUGGGGAAUUACGUCAGGAACAUCCGCCAUGAUGACAUCACCAAGCAGGACAUCACUGUGGCGAUGUGCGCCGACAAGGUUCUGAUGGACAUGUUCCACCAGGACGAGGAGGACAUGGGUCUGUUCCCGCUGCUGGACGAGGAGCCGUCGGCCAAUGAGGAGCAGCGAUACUGCGACCUGGUCCGGAGCUUCCUGGCUGAUGGACACCAGUACCUGAGGCAGCUGCACCUGCUGCUCAAGGUGUUCAGGGAGCCCUUCGCCUCCUGCCCCACACUCUUCCCCACUCAGGACGUGGAUAGCAUCUUUGGCCGCCUGGUGGACAUCCAGGAAGUGACGGUGAAGCUGCUGGGCCUGCUGGAGGACACAGUGGAGAUGACGGACGAGAGCAGCCCCCACCCACUGGUGGGCAGCUGCUUUGAGGACCUGGCAGAGGAGUUGGCCUUCGAUCCCUAUGAGGCGUAUGCUCAGGAAGUCCUGCAUCCUGCCUUCCAUGAUCACUUCCUGGAUCUAGUGACCAAACCUGGAGCCUCUGCCCAUCUACAGUCCAUCUGCGAGGGAUUUAAAGACGCCGUUCGCUACGUCCUGCCCAGGCUGCUGCUGACCCCCGUCUACCACUGCCUACACCUGCUGGACACAUUGAAGCAACUGGAGGAGCGCAGCGAGGAUGAGGAGGAUAAGGAGUGCCUUCGUCAGGCCAUCACGGCGCUGCUCAACCUGCAGAGCAGCUUGGAGAGGAUUUGCUCCAGGAGCCUGGCCAAGCGGAGGCUCAGCGAGCCGGCCUGCCGCCUCCACAGCCAGCAGGUGAAGAGCAAACACCUGGCCAUCAGGAGGAUGAAGGACGUCCAGCGGAGCAUCGACGGCUGGGAGGGGACGGACAUCGCCCAGUGCUGUAACGAGUUCAUCAUGGAGGGCACGUUGAGCCGCGUCGGUGCCAAACACGAGCGCCACAUCUUCCUGUUCGACGGACUGAUGAUCAGCUGCAAGGCCGGCCACGCGCCGCCGCGGCUGCCCGGCGCCGCCGCCGCCGAGUUCCGCCUCAAGGAGAAGUUUCUGAUGCGGAAGGUCCGGGUGGUGGACCGGGAUGACCGGGACGGCGAGUGGCGGCACGCCUUCGAGGUGGCGCCGAAAGACGGCGGCGGCGUGCUGUUCGCCGCCAAGUCGGCGGAGGAGAAGAACGGCUGGAUGGCGGCGCUGGUGUCGCUGCAGUACCGCGGCACGCUGGAGCGCAUGCUGGACCAGGCGCUGCUGCAGGACGAGGAGCAGCAGAUGCGGCUGCCGUCGGUCCAGCUGUACCGCUUCGCCGAACCCGACUCGGACCAGAACGUUGUGUUUGAGGACAGCGUCCAGUCCAAGUCUGGCAUCCCCGUCAUUAAAGCCGGGACGGUCCUGAAGCUCAUCGAGAGGCUCACCUUCCACCUGUAUGCAGAUCCAAACUUUGUCCGGACCUUUCUGACCACGUACCGGUCCUUCUGCCGGCCUGGGGAGCUGCUAGACCUGCUGGUGGAGAGAUUCGACAUUCCUGAGCCGGUGCCGGCCGAAUCGGACGCCAUGGACGGGUUGGAGCAGCUACUCAGCGCCGACCUCAAACGGUUCCGUAAAGAGUUUGUUCAGCCGGUCCAGCUCAGGGUUCUGAACGUCUGCCGCCACUGGGUGGAGCAUCACUUCUACGACUUCGAACGAGACCCGGGUCUGCUGAGCCGACUGGAGGACUUUAUCGCUUCAGUCAGAGGGAAAGCCAUGAGGAAAUGGGUGGAGUCCAUCACUAAGAUCAUCCAGAGGAAGCAGCAGGUGCAGGUGAGCCAGGUGAGCCCCCCCCCCAGCAUCACCUUCCAGAACUCGCCCCCCCCCAUCGAGUGGCACCUCUGCAGGCAAGGAGCUGUUGAGACCUUUGACCUCAUGACCCUUCACCCCAUCGAGAUCGCCCGCCAGCUGACGCUGCUGGAGUCUGACUUCUACAGGGCGGUGCGCCCGUCGGAGCUGGUGGGCAGCGUCUGGACCAAGGAGGACAAGGAGCUGAACUCGCCCAACCUGCUGAGGAUGAUCCGCCACACCACCAACCUCACGCUGUGGCUGGAGAAGUGCAUCGUUGAGACUGAGAACCUGGAGGAGCGAGUCGCUGUGGUUUCGCGGAUCAUCGAGAUCUUGCAGGUUUUCCAGGAUCUGAAUAACUUCAACGGCGUUCUGGAAGUGGUCAGCGCCAUGAACUCCUCACCUGUCUAUAGACUGGACCACACUUUCGAGCAAAUCCCGAGUCGGCAGAGGAAGAUCCUGGAAGAAGCUCAUGAGCUGAGUGAAGAUCACUACAAGAAAUACCUGGCCAAGCUGCGCUCCAUCAACCCGCCCUGCGUCCCGUUCUUUGGGAUCUAUCUGACCAACAUCCUGAAGACGGAGGAGGGAAACCCAGACUUCCUGCGGCGACACGGCAAAGACCUGAUCAACUUCAGCAAGAGGCGGAAAGUGGCAGAGAUCACCGGAGAGAUCCAACAGUACCAGAACCAGCCUUACUGCUUGAGCGUGGAGCCCGAAAUCAGGAAGUUCUUGGAGAACCUGAACCCGAUGGAGGAUCUGUCCGAGAAAGACUUUGCUGAUCAUCUCUUCAACAAGUCCUUGGAGAUCGAACCUCGAAACACGCGCUCGUUGCCUCGUUUUGUGAAGCGGUACACCUGUCCUCUCAAGUCCCCGGGGAUCAGACCCACGUCCACAAGGGUCGGCACCAUGAGACAUCCUACCCCACUGCAGAACGAGCCCAGGAAGAUCAGCUACAACCGGGUCACCGACAGCGAGUCCGAAGGCGGCGUCAUUUCUGCUCCCAACUCUCCCCGCACGCCGCUGACUCCGCCCCCAGCCUCCGCCGCGUCCAGCUCCACAGAUGUUGGCAGCGUGUUCGACUCGCCUCAGGGUCCAAGCAGCCCCUUCCACUCAACCUGCGACAGCAUAUUCGCUGUAAUCUCUCUGCCUCACGGCCCACGGUCGUCCUCCGUCUCUUCGAUGGUGAGCUUCAGUCGGACUUCAGAGGACACUGCCGUCCCCCCUCCGGUUCCGCCGCGCAGACGACCCGAAUCGGCUCCUUCUGAGACCUCCCCCUCCAAGGUCCAGUCAGUGUUGGAGAGCCCCCCCGCUGUGCCUCCUCGCCAGCCCACCUGUAAGCUCCUCCCCCCUCGUUAUGCGUCCAUGUCCUCUUCUCCCCCAGACAGCCCCCCCUUGCUGCCUCCCCGAGAGCCACUCAGUUCCCCCCUGCACCUCCUGCCUCCCCCACAGGGGCGCUCUCGCUGCGAAGUCUUGUCCCAGGCUUUCUUCCCCUCCUCCUCCUCUUCGUCUCUGAGCUCCGCCCCCACACCCUUGACUUCCUCACCACCGCUCACCCCCACAGGAAGGAAGAUGCCUUUCCCCUCCCCGCCUCUAGAUGGCCCCCCAGUGCCACCGCGCCACAGCGUUCCCAAACUGCCCCCCAAGACGUACAAGAGGGAGUCUGUGAGCAACUGCCCCCUGCUGGACACGCCCCCUGCUCUGCGGUUGGACAUCUUGUGAAAGAGGCGGAGCUGGAAACACUAUAGCUGAUUGGAUGGGCAAAGGCUUGGCCCAAGAGAAGGUUCUGACCCGUCAGAAACAAGCUGAACCUGGAUCCAGUCCUGGAAGUUUGUUGGAGGUCAUUUCAUUUUUGGGCCUCGUCUGGGAGCUGUGGGAUCCGGAUCAGAACCAGUCGGAUGUGUUGAGAACUGAUUGGACCAGAGGCUUAAGUGGCUGUGGGACCUGUGGUCCAGAAACUGAGGUACUGAUGCUGGUUCCGGUUUCUUUUUGUUUGUUGUUGUUGUUGUAAACAAAGGGAAUAAAUGUUUCUGCCUCUGA